UUCUCCACCUGUUUGGGAGCCGCAUACACUUGAACCAACCCGACCCGUCGGAUAUAGUCGUGGCCCGUUCGGAGCUACAAACACAAACGCAAAGAGAGAGCAGCCGGCGGCGGCCCCCAAUUCCAAUGGAAACCCAGUCCCACUCAAUCCGAGUGCUCGUUCGCCCCCCGCCACCCCCCGCCCCCCUCCCUCCGCAGCCCCCGCCAACGCCUCCGCCCGGCGUCGUCGUGGUCGGAUUCAUAGGGAGGCGCCACCACGACGUCGCUCAUCUCAUCAACAAAAUCGCCGACUCUUAUGCCUUCGGCUCCGGCGGUUUGGAUACUCCGCUUCGCUUCGAACCCGAGAGGAUCGACUCGGAGAUGAGGAGAUGGUUCGAGAGCAGGAAUUUGAGCUUCUAUCACGACCAAGAUAAGGGGAUUCUGUACCUGCAGUUUUCCAUGCUUGACUGCACAGUAGCUGAGGCGAUGCUGUCGGAGGGGAGGAUGGGUUUUGAGUCGGUUUUGGAGGACCGGGAGCUUGGGGAUCUUAAGGGCUUCAUCUUUAUGUUCACUGUCUGUCACAUUGUAAUACUUAUUCAGGAAGGGUCACGUUUCGAUACUCAAUUGCUAAAAAAGUUCCGGGUUCUGCAAGCUGCUAAACAUUCAAUAGUUCCGUUUAUUAGAUCACAAAAUAUAUCAUCCAUAGCAUCUAGACCACGUUCUUCAGCUCAGUCACGAAUACCUGCUACCGGAUCAUCAUUUAAUAAUGCUUCUCCUGGUAAAAUUGGAAUUCAGAAUCGCAAUGCUUCAGCCAAUGCAGUAAUGUCAGGUUUAGGCUCUUACACCUCUUUGUUACCCGGUCAAUGUACCCCAGUUGUACUCUUUGUCUUUGUUGAUGAUUUCUCUGAGAUUUACCUCAGUGGAAAUAUGGAACAGUCUUCAGAGACCUCGUCCCUAAAUGUGUCAUCAAGUUUGAACAAUUCUGCAAGACCAGGAAUGCCUGCUAAAGGAUCUAGUUCUGUCGUUGUGCUUGCACGGCCUGUGAACAAAUCUGAAGGUGGAUUGAGGAAAAAAUUACAAUCAUCCCUUGAGGCACAAAUUCGGUUUUCAAUAAAAAAAUGUCGAACUCUUUCAGUUUUUGAAGGCAGCCAUGUCGGGUCAAGGACUGGUGCUGUUGCUAGUUCAGCCCCUCUUUUUUCACUUGAUGCAUCAAGGGCUGUUUCACUUGUAGAUGCUUGUUCAACUCAGAGUUGUGAAUCUCUCGAGUUUGCAAUUGGCCUUGUAGAACAAGUAUUAGAUGGGAAAGCUACACCAGAUUCUCUUUUGCUUGAAAGCCACCAUGAAAAUACAAACAAGGAGGAUAUUGUCUCUGUGAAGGAGUUCAUCCACAAGCAGUCUGAUCUUCUAAGAGGAAGAGGUGGUUUGAUGGGUAAUGGCAGCAGUGGUGCUGCAGGUGUUGGCAUGGUUGCUGCUGCAGCCGCAGCUGCAGCUGCCUCUACCUCUGCAACUGCUGCUUCUGGAAAAUCAAUUUCUCCCCCCGAGCUCCCAACUUUAGAGAUCUGGUCAACUUCUUCUCAGUUGAUUCUUCACAGAAUUCUUUCUGCAAAACCUGGUUGCACAUAUGAAGCCAAAACCAACCGCAUGCAAGAGCAGAAUGCAAUGAUUCCACUAAUAGAAACUGUAGCAACUUCUUCUGAUCCAUAUGAAUCUGCAUUAUCACAUCUGGAGAAUGGUAUUGGAAUGAACACUAGAUUUUCAACCUUAUGGUGUGAAAAAGCCUUUCCAGUUGCGAAGGAGGUGUAUUUGGAAGAUCUUCCUCCUUGUUAUCCAAGUUUUCAGCACGAGGUCCAUUUAAAGAAAGCCUUGCAUGCCUUUAUGUCUAUGGUGAAGGGACCUGCUGUGCAACUGUACAUAAAAAAAUUGAAGGAUGAAUGCAUGUCCAUCUGGAGUUCUGGAAGGCAAUUGUGUGAUGCAGUUAGUCUGACUGGGAAACCUUGCAUGCAUCAAAAGCAUGACAUAAAAGCUCUUUCGACACAUGAGAUUAAACAUCAUUCAAGUGGAUUUGUUUACCUCCAUGCUUGUGCAUGUGGCCGUUCUAGGCAACUGCUACCUGAUCCUUUCGAUUUUGAUUCAGCAAAUGUUGCGGGGAGUACUUUUGUUGAUUGUGAUAAGCUUCUUCCAAGUAUCAAGUUGCCAGAAGGAAUUGUUAAGGGACCCAUUCAACCUUCAUCAUGGAAUUUGAUUCGUAUUGGGGGUGCAAGGUACUAUGAUCCUUCAAAAGGUUUAAUCCAAAGUGGCUUUUCUGCAACCGAGAAAUUUCUUCUUAGGUGGACUAUAUUUCUUGAGAAACCACCACUAAAUGACAUCCAGCAGGGUUCCUCAGACAGAAACCCCAGAUUUGAAACGGCUUUAGAAGCAGAUGAUCAGACAUCUGAUGCUGCUCGGUUAGUAGCUGGCAGAGCACAGAAUGGAGCUGGGACUCCAAAAAUGCCCUCUUCAGAUAUCACUGGAAACGGUAGUAAAAAAAUGAGUACUGGUAGAGGAUUAUCCAACUUUACAAUGAGAAAACCAUUUUCUGAAGUUGUUGCUGGACCUGCUGCUGCCAACUCUGCUUUUCCUCCACUCUUUUCUAGAAAACAACCUAUACAAGAUGCUGAGAAGAGUGUUAAGCUACAUAAUGGACGGCAUAGGGGUCUGGACAAACUUGGUGAUGUUGUCUACAGUCAGGAAUCUCAAAAGGUUAAAGAUACUGCUUCAGUUGAUAACUUGCAGCAUAAUGGCACUGCUAGCAAUACCACUAAGUAUGGCGAUUCUUUUCCUCGUAUUGGCAGCAAUAUACCUUCUUUCAAUGUGAAUGGCGGUAAGCAGAUUAAGGCUGCCAAUCCUAUGAAAACUGUCACUAUAUAUGUGGGGUUUGAACAUGAAUGUCCCCAUGGCCACAGGUUUAUAUUAACUCUGGAUCAUCUUAGUGACCUGGGGUCAUCAUUCUCAGCGUCCGAGGAGAAUGUUCUCCCUCUGCCAAUGGAGAACUCAGAUAGAAAACAAGAUCCUACUAAAUUGGGUAAACUUGGCAACCAUGGUAGAACCAGACGGCAGGCACAUGGGCUAGUUGUGGGUGGUGCUAUUAGUAAGGCAAAGAACCCAGAGAAGUCAAAAGAGAAAGUAGCCAAUGGGGACAUGCCUUCACAAAAAUCUAUGCAGUCAACCAGGCAUGGCAAAAAUCAGAAUGAGAGAACAGAAGCAGUGAACCUUGUGGAGGAUCUUGAUUCUAACCUUAAACCUACUAGUAUUGAUGAUCAUGGUGGCGCCUUCUCUCUUUUGAAUAGAAACUUACCAAUAUAUAUGAACUGUCCACAUUGUAGGGAGUCCAGGACCAAAAACGAUACGUCUAAUGUUAAGUAUGCAAGUGCUAUCUCACAGCUGCAGAGGAUCUUUGUGGUAACGCCUUCAUUUCCGAUUGUUUUGGCUGCAAGCCCAGUUAUUCAAUUUGAGUUGUCUUGCCUACCUCCCUCUGUUCCUGAUCGUGAACAAAAGCUACAGUUCAGUUUGGGUUGCCCUGCGAUUCUGCCACCAGAUAGUUUUCUCUCCCUAAGGCUUCCUUUCGUUUAUGGUGUAGAACUGGAGGAUGGGAGUCUGCAUUCUCUUAAACCUUUUGAAAAUCAACCACACCUCACCGCGUAUAUUAUGAGGGGAACAACUUUGCAGGUUAUGUCAAAUCGGAGUGCUCUUAAUCCAGAAUCAGCCACGUGGUCAAUGUCAAAGAACUUACCUGCUACGUAGAUGAUUGACUUGUUCUCAGCUUCUGGGUGCGUUGGAAGUGGAGACUUCUCCUACCGCAUGAGGUACAUAAAGCUUUUAAAAUCUUAACAAGGCCAUGCCAUCUCUCUUUCAUUGGAGUAUGAGUGGAAUAGAUAUCUAGAAUGAGCUAGCGAAUUCUCCUUAGAGUCCCGGAGUUGGGUUUCUCACAGUACUUAUCCUGUUUCUGCAACUGUGAUUUGACAGAAGGAAGAUGAUUGGGUGAAGUUCGCCUCUCUGUGCACCAAGCGUAUAUGUUUCUCCGUCAAGCUUCCGUUUGAUACAGCCCUGAGAUUGCUGGCCUUCAGCUAUGGAGGGUCCUCAAUGUUGUUUGCAGAUGAAUGCAUUCAUGCAGCGUCUCGGGGGAGGGCUGUUUCUACUCUGAUUGCACGAGUAGUGGCCGUCGCAUCGGGAAAUACAUUUUCCGGAGGUGAUGCCGGAAUACAGGACCCUGCAACUCAGAGAGAUAUGUCCAAGGAAUCAUUAAGAGAAGACUCUCGGAACUACGAGAUAUCUUCAUGAAUGGAAUUAUGAAAGCUGUGAUGAUGCUAUUAUAUUUUACUUACAUCAGUGAAGCAUUUAUUUA